UUUAGGACAAAGCACUUAAGAGUUGUAUUGUGUGCGUUCGAGCUGGAGGCAUGUGGUGAGAGCUUGCUGGAAUUCUUGGAUUCCGUGCCUUCUAUAAAGCUAUAUGGCACGCAGUUUGCAUGCUCUCGAGAAAAGAAGAAGCCAAAUUGUCAUAAAAAUACGUAUAAUCCCCGUCGGUUCUAGCUGUGCAUUCCGUUAUUAUCGACAACGUGAUGAAAUUAUUUGGACGGUGAAGAAAGAGGCACGGGGAAACAGGUUUUGAAGCGACCGCGCCCAGAAUAGAUGCCUCCAGCCAUGACCUCUAAAUGACUUGACGUCCAUGGCUGGCGGAAGCUAUUGAGACACCAUUCCUUGGCCCGGACACCAUCGUCGACCCGCCCGUCCGUCGUCCGUAGUCCUCUACCUGCUGGCAAGGAAAAGCAGGCGCCGAUCGAAGGUAGCCGCGGCCAUGGGGAAGCACGAUCACCACCACCACCACCACCACCACCACGACGUGGAGGCGUGCUACCCGCCCGACGGGUACAUGAUCGAGAGCCCGGAGCUGCGCUGGGCCUUCAUCCGCAAGGUGUACGUCAUCGUCUCCAUCCAGAUGCUCGUCACCGUGGCCGUCGCCGCCGCCAUGAACCUCACCGACUGCGUCCGCAACUUCUUCCUCUCCCGCACCCCCGCCGCCCUCGUCGCCUUCAUCCUCAUCCUCAUCUCCCCCCUCCUCGUGAUGCUGCCCAUGGUCUACUUCCGGCAGAAGCACCCGGUGAACCUGGUGUUCCUGGGCAUCUUCACCGUGUGCGUCAGCCUGUCGGUGGGGCUGGGGUGCCUCACCAAGCGCGGGCCCAUCAUCUUCGAGGCGGCGGGGAUGACGCUCGUCGUCGUGGUCUCGCUCACCGCCUACACCUUCUGGGCGGCCAGGCGCGGCCACGACUUCGAGUUCCUGGGGCCCUUCCUCUUCGCCGCCUGCGUCAUCCUCAUGCUCUACGCCAUCGUCAUCAUCCUCUUCCCCAUGGGCAAGACGGCCGUGCUCGUCUACGGCUGCAUCGCCGCGCUCAUCUUCUCCGCCUUCAUCAUCUACGACACCGACAACCUCAUCAAGCGCUACACCUACGACGAGUACGUCGCCGCCUCCAUCACCCUCUACCUCGACAUCAUCAACCUCUUCAGGGCCAUCCUCAUGGCCCUCGAUGCCGCCGACUGAUCUUGAUCAGAGCAAACCAGCCAAACCUAACAUGAUGAUUCAUUCGCCUCUGCCUGCCUGGCACAUGUAUGUAUGCUAAACUAGAUGCCGUAUGUAGAUUACCAUGGAUGGAAAGUUAUUACGUGCUCUCAACAUGAGUCACUGUGAUUGGAUAUUAACAGAAAUGUAGUAUUGCCAAUGAAAUCAUUAUUCGUUGCGACA